CAUCGCCAACCAUUAGUCUUAUCACUCUUAGCUGAUUAUAUUUUUGGCUAUAGUGACUUAGUGUGACAUAUUAACACAAAGAAUGGAUAUCAACAGGUGGAGUCUUCAAUGUAUGACUGCUCUUGUCACCGGUGGAACCAAGGGAAUUGGGUAUGCAAUAGUGGAGGAGCUUGCAAGUUUUGGUGCAAGAGUACACACGUGUGAUAUAGACAAAACUUCGCUUGAUGAAUGCUUAAGUGAAUGGCAAAUUAAAGGUUUUCAAGUCAGUGGUUCAGUUUGUGAUGUUACCUCUCGACCUCAGAGAGAGCAAUUGAUACAGACUGUUUCUUCUCUAUUUGGUUCCAAACUCAACAUCCUUGUAAACAAUGUUGGCAAGUUCAUGUUAAAGCCAACUUUAGAAAGUACAGCAGAAGAUUUCUCAAGUUUGAUAGCUACAAAUUUGGAAUCUGCUUACCAUAUCUCCCAAUUGGCACAUCCUCUGCUUAAAGCCUCGGGAAACGGUAGUAUCGUAUUCAUUUCCUCUGUAUCAGGGAUUGUCUCUGGCACUGCCCCCAUAUAUGGUGCAACAAAAGGAGCCAUGAAUCAACUGGGAAGAAACUUGGCCUGUGAAUGGGCAAGUGAUAGCAUAAGGGUUAACUCUGUAGCUCCUUGGGUCACUGCAACUUCACUUGUCAGAAAAUAUCUUGAUGACAAGAAAUUCGCUGAUGCUAUGUUCUCAAGAACCCCAUUAGGCCGUGCAUGUGAACCGCGUGAGGUUGCGUCGUUAGUUACAUUUCUUUGUCUCCCUGCAGCUUCUUAUAUAACAGGACAAACCAUCUGUGUUGAUGGAGGUUUCAUUGUUAAUGGCUUCUCCUACAAGCCAGAGGUGUAAAACCCUUGAAAACAUUUCUAGAACAACAUUGUUGUAAUGUAUGAAUAAUACGUUAUGUUUACAGUUUAGUAUUCUGAACAAUACGUUAUGUUUACAGUUUAGUAUUCUGUAUUCCUCUUUUUUUGUAACAAUUCUGUGUUCCUCUUAUAAACUCGAUUACUUCA